AUGCCGCAGGCCGCACUUCCACUGCUGGCAAAGGUUUGGUUCCUUGCAGUGGCUCCUCUAAUAGUCGUGGAUGCCAUCUUCGUGCUUACGCGUGCCAAGAGCGUCGACCUGCCACAUCCUCUGGCGGAGGUAGUCCCCUUCAAAUACUGGACCGUCUACGCCCAGUACGACCGGCGCUACGCUGCGAACGAUGAUGCCUUUGUUGUGGUGCAAUCGUGGCUGAACCUCGUGGAGGCGAUGAUGGGGCUCUUCGUGACUCUGUCUGCUUUCUGCAAUGCGCAAAACCUCGCCAUCAAGCUGGCAAUUGUGGUGAGUCUGAUGACGCUAUACAAGACUGUGAUCUACUGCCUCAUCGACAUUGCCGAGGGAGGCAAGUACACGCACCACAUCACCUUUCAUGAGCAACUGACAAUGCUCAUCGCCCCACUGUCAGUGUGGAUUGUGUUUCCAGCCAUCAUUCUUUAUCAGUGCUUCCGCGCGCUUGCCAUCGCAAAUGUGUCGGGGACCUCCAAGCAAAAGACCACCAUGCCCCAGCAUCAGCAGCGAAAACAUUCCGCCAACGACCAUUACCUCGGCAAGAAGAGGUAG